AUGAGCGACGAUGAAACAAUAUCUACAGAGUUUUCGGACGAUGAAAUUGAGGAGGACGAUGAAGGUACGUUUUUUUCUUGGUUGUUAUUUGAAUUUUAGGCGUUAUUCAUGAAUAAAAGGGAUACGUUGAUGCUCCUGGGCUUGUUAAGAUUAGGAUAAAUUUACUUUGCCUUUAAAAUUUUUUAAACCUAUUAUUUAUUUUGUUUUUUUUUGAGUUUUGAAUAAGAUAUUGCGCUUUGAUUUAUAAAAUUGAUUGUUUCAGCUACUAUGGCUGAAGAAGAAUUGAUAAACAAUGGAGAAGACGCCGAUGACGAGCUUCGGAUGCUGAAUGAGGAUAAUGAAAUGUCGGUGGAAGAGUUGCGACGAAAAUAUUAUGGUGAAGCAGCUGUCGCUCCACCACCGCCUCAACCACAAGCUUGUAGCAGUAGUAGUGCAGCCGACAACAAAACACUGUUUGGUGAGGAUGUGGAGGAAGAAGAAGAGGACGAUGAUUAUGUUCCAAAGGCUGUGGAAUAUUGGAAGAAAGAGGUUAGAUUGGGCCCGAAUUAUCAAGUUGAAGGUCCGUUGCCAGAAGCUCAAUCGCCAACGAACAAGGAAGAUGUUGAAGUAAAAAAUAAAUCCGAGCCAUUGUGGAUUCCAACAGCGUUGCCACAAAAGCAAAUUGAGGACUUUUUGCUAAAGGUGUCAAAGAAACUACACGAAUUGGAAGAUGAAGAAGUCGACACAACGCCACAAGCUAACAGAAAACCUAAAUUCGAUGGUGUUACUGAUGAUGAAGAUGCUUUGUUUGCUUUGUAUAAAGCUGGCUACGAUGUGGAAACUGCUUUGGGGAAGUUGCCUUAUACUCCAGCUAACGGGCCGAGAAUUACUGGGCCAAAUAAAUGGAAGUCGAUGACGAGAGAAGACGUUGAUCGAUUUGAAGAUGCGUUUAGUGAAUAUGGCAAGAAUUUCUUUAAGAUUCAUGCGGAAAAGGUACUUUUUAUUUUGACACAAUAGAAAUUAUCUUUCUAAGAAUUUUUUGAAAUUUUUUCUCUUUUAAUUAUUCAAAAAUUCAUUUGCAGAUGCCAAACCGAACUGUUGGAGAACUAGUAAACUUUUACUAUGUGUGGAAAAAGACGGAACGUCACGACAUGUACAUAGCUGCAAGGAGAGCUCUGGGCCUACCAGAAGGACCAAAAACAGUAGAUCCGAUGGAGUUGCUGGUAGAACAACAUCUCAACGACUCGAAUGGCAAUAACACGUCAGCUGAAUUUGAACCGGUUAGUCAGAAAACAUGGCUGGCCGUCCAAUCUGAGCCUGUCGCUGAAAAGCCUUCUGAAGUUUGA